UAGAAAGAUUACUAACAGUUCAAUUAACCCUCAACUCGUCAAAAUAAUCAUGGAUGCCAUCAAUUCAGGAUUCCUCGAAUUGAUCACAUCUUAUAAACAUUGGGUACAAUCUAAUCCACAAUUACUGGCAGAUUUGGAGAGUACAGUAAGAUGUUUCUCUUACUUUACAGCUGGUCGAUUUAACAAUUCUACAUUGGCAUCGGAACUUAUUUAUUCCAUACCAAAUUUAAUUGAAUUGUUUAAUGAUUUAUUGAUAUCAAGUGGCAAGUAUAUGAAUUUGAAAAUACCAAAAUUGCAGUUAAACAUUAAAAUCUGGUUAACCGUGUUGGAGUAUACAGAAGCUUUAUUUGAAGUAACCGCGCAUAGAAUCUGGGGAAAGUCAGGGAAAUGGCUCAUUAUUGCGAUUAUACAAAUAUUUAAGGCUGUAAUGAGACUAUGCUUGAUAUUUGUCUACAAAGAAAAUCUAGUGAAAAGUCCUUCCAUUAAGCCACUAAAUAGAAAUAAAGUAAAUAUAUGCGAUAAAGAUGUUAAAAUGAGAGAAGGAUUUCAGUUGAAACGAAGUGGUAUCGUAGUCAGAAGUAUUAGAACCUCUAGAUCUGUACAAACAAGGGUCUGGGCACCUAUACCAUCUAUGAGGGAUGAGAAUGAGAAUGUUGAUAACGCUUUUAUAUCUAAACGGAUGUUGAAAUUAGCAGAGACUUUUUAUAUAAUAAAACCAUUGAUUCAUCUUGGUUGUUUAUCUGCAACCGGAAAAGCGAAUUGGCAACCAUGGUUUUUGUCUUUAAUCAUUGAUUUAUCUAGUUUACAGAUAUUUAAUCAUUACGGAAAGGCAGCUGCGCUUAACAAAGAAGAAUGGAAAGAAAUUUAUCAAAGAAGAUUAGGUAUACUACUAUAUAUCUUACGUUCACCUUUUUAUGACAAUUACAGUCGUCUUAAAAUAAUAGCAAUACUGAAAAUUUUGUCUGCAAAAGUGCCUUUGGCUAAACUUUUAACAGAACCAAUAGAAAAAUAUUUACCACAUUGGCAACAGAUGUAUUUUUAUAUGUGGUCCCGUUAAAAAAUAUCGUAAAUAUGACAAUAGGAAUGCAUAAGAAAUCUUGAAGUCAUAUAAAGUGCCUUGCAAAUACAUAAAUAGUUCUUCCAGAAUAUUAGUAAAUCAAAUUGUAUCUCAAGCAAAAAAAUCUAUUAUUGAUAUUAUAAUUUUGUAUGUAGAAAAUCUCUAGAAUAACCAUUUAAUUUACAUUCCAUGUUUAUUUCUAUCUUGUAUUAAUUUUUUAUAAUACACGUGCAAUAUAGAUACAAUCUGAUAUCCAAUUCAAAAGAAAGAUUUGAUUAUUUAAGUUAUAUAUUUAUAUAUUUAUUAAUUCUUUUGUAAUUAUUUUAAUCUGCGUAUCGUGUUACAUACGCACAUAUGUAUGUCUGUGCGCGCGUGUGUGUGUAUAUAUA